CACACUCAAAUUUUCAUCCAUCCUUUUCUUUUCCAAUAUAUUCCAACCCUAUUUUUCUCAUGCAACAAACACGGUCUAACAUUGGAUUUAUAGAGAGAGAAGAGUAAGGAUACAAAGAAGAAAGAAGAAGAAGAAGAAGAACAAACAAACAAGCUUUUCUUUUUACAUGCAGACAUGAAAAACAACCAAACCAAACCGCCAAUACUCAAAUACUUCUUUCUCUCUCUCUUUCUCUUUCUCCCUUUCUUUAUUUUCUUAUUUUCUCUCAAACCCAAACACCACCAAAACACCACCACAGACCCAACAUCCAAAACCGAAAUUCACAGCGCCGGAGACCUCAAAAUCAGACCCGGAUACGCCUCUUAUGAAUCGUACAUACAACGCCAACUCCACAAGACCCUUAACCCUAAACUCAGGCAAGUAUGGACAACAAGGGAUUGGGACAGAAAAAUCCAAGUCUUUGUUCAGUUCUUCCAAGAUUUGAAGCGAAAAGAGCUUCUGUUCAACGAGUCCAAAGCUCUUUCUAUUGGGGCCCGUGUCGGGCAAGAGGUGGAGGCUCUGAGACGUGUCGGCGUGUCCGACUCGGUUGGGAUCGACUUGGUGCCGUAUCCUCCGCUUGUGAUCAAAGGUGACUUUCACAACCAGCCGUUUGGGAACGAAACCUUCGACUUCGAGUUCUCCAACGUGUUCGAUCACGCGCUGUAUCCGGACAAGUUCGUUGGAGAGAUCGAACGGACGUUAAAGCCUAAUGGGGUCUGUGUUUUACACGUGGCCUUGUCUAGACGGUCCGAUAAGUACUCGGCUAACGAUUUGUAUAGCGUGAAACCAUUGGUGGAGAUGUUCAAGGUUUCCGAGGUUGUUCACGUACGAAAAGUUGACGGUUUCGGAUUGGACACUGAGGUUGUCUUCAGGAAAAAAACAGUGCUCUAAUUGGCAUGAAUUUUUUUUCUUCUUUUCAUUUCUUUUUUUA